AGAAAAUUUUGAAAAAUUGAAAGCCCUAAAAUGUGGUUUUCAGCGUUCUGGGGACCUUAAAUUGAGGACAAAGAAGCGUGUUCUUCACUCCAAGAAAAUCAGUGGCCGCUUUCUUUAUAACUUCUGUCGAUCAGUCAGAAAAUCGUUCCUACUGCGCAAUGAAAACCUUUUUAAGAAUUGACUGAACUACAGCGCACAUGACUCAGCACAUGCAAACCAGUGAGCCAUUAACAAAGCACAUCAUAGUACGUUUUCAUUCAUAUUUUCAAUUCUCGAUAGUAUAUUUUUUGUUGACCAUGAGAUUGGUAUUUAAACGAGUUCCUUCCUUUCAUACCUAGUUAAGGUGGCCGACUUCUAUGAGACAAGUAGCCGGCAAAUUGCAUUGAUGAAGUAGAACGCUGUUGAAACCCCUAAUGAUAUUAUUUUAACGUGCAGAGCUCCAUGUGUGAAAGGCAUACAUGUACAAGCAGAGCACCAUGGGUAAAAAUGUUGUUAUCCAAUAAAAAUUUUGUCAUUUCAUGUGAACAUCCAACCAUCUGCCCAGAGCACAAACUCACGUGAAGUUUCACGUUUACCCCAGCAUAAAAUGUUUGUAGUGAGACUAUGCUCUUGUUCUUUAAAAUUGAUAUACUCCAUGGUAUAUCAAAGACAAUCAAUGAGCUGUUAUUAUCAGUCAUACUCUGGGUAGGGUUGGGGAGAGGGCACUGGAGGCACUUUUCCAUUCCCCUACUUAACCCCAAAAGAUCUUCUAUUUUUCCCUCACUGUUUCCCCAUAAUUGUAAUAUUAACUAUAAUGGGAUUUACCCUUUUAAAGCUUGACUGCACUGACCUUGUAACAAAUAAUAAUCAACAUAUUUUUUUUGUGGCAGGGACACAACAACUCCCAUUACUUUUUCUAUUGAUAUUCGGAUGUGUAAUUUGAUGUGUAGUCAUUGUUUUAUUUUUUUCUCUCUCUCUCUUGAAUAGUGAAAGAGUCUUGAACUUGAACAGUUUUUGUUGAUUUAGAUUAUCCUUUUAUUUUUGGAAUGGAAUUUUAUGGUUAAAACUGAAAGUUUUUUACUUUUGUCGUGGUAAAUUACAACAAAGUUCUAUUUUCCAGGUGGAGAUCCCGCUGGUGCUUUUUCUCACCUGCGUAAAUACCGACCACAUGGUCCUCUGGUAAACUCUGAGUAUUACCCAGGCUGGUUAGAUCAUUGGGGAGGGGGACAUCAAAAGAGACAAGCCUCACAAAUUGCCAAGUACCUUGACGAGAUCCUUGCACUAAAUGCAUCUGUUAACCUGUACAUGUUUGAAGGUGGCACCAACUUUGGAUUCAUGAAUGGUGAGUGGACAUUUUAACAAAUUCUAGCCUUCAAGCAAGCUCUCUGGGGCGCUCUGGCUGCAGGGUGGAAAAAGGAAGGAGAGCUUGCAACUACGUCUCUGGAUUUGAAUUCCGCCUCCAAUUACCCUGUGGCUCGCGGUCGACUAAGCUGUCAGAUUUCCGCCAAUCAGUGCAAAGCAGAAACAAGUGUGAAUGUAAACAAACAUUGAUAACUUGUGAAAGCAUGUGUCAAGGUUAAUGACAUCAGUACUAAUUAAGUCAUCUAUACCAAUCAGCAUUUUCGCAUCAACUUUUUCAAUGCAAAUAUGCAAAUUCCAGAGACAUAGUUGCAAGCUCCCCUUCCUCCCCGGAGGGCUUGCUUACACACUAAACAAAUUUAAUUCUUCUACAUUUAAACUUGUGAAUCAUUAACAACUUACUGUAUUACAGCAAGGAGAAUUAUUCACAUUCUUUCAAACAGAUUUAAUCCAAUCAGAAGCCAGCUGGAAACUGUUCUCGACUUCUAAUUGGUUAAUGUCUGCAUGAGAGAAUGACAGUUAAUUAUUAAAGGAGGUCACACUUUUGUGCUCCUUACUGUAACUGGACAAUCCCUCUGUGAGUGCUUUUUUACUCAUUUAUUACAUAUUUCAAAAGAAAUUUUUUCAAUUUUAAAGGAGCUGUGUCACGAAAUUCAGCCAAAUUAGGAAAUUACAAAAUGCCCGUUAAAUUAGGAGAAACAUAAAAAUAACCGCUUAAAACUUUAAGGGAAGGUUAAAAUACAAUGUAACAUAACAGAAACAACAGAUGCCACGGAUGGGCAAAACUGAAGAAGAUUGAAACGAAUUGAAAUUAGGGCUUUUGAAAGCUGUUCAGCCUAACAGUUUUUCAAAGUUGAUCCCUGCUGCUUGCAACUUCAAAAAUAAUGUUCAGGAGACAUAUUUGUUUGUCUCAGAUAUCUAAUUUUGUCAUUUAUUUGUAGUUUCUUCGCUUACUUCAAGUUCCAUAGCUAUUGAGGGCGAGUAAUUGGCAAAAUUAAACAAAAUGAACCGGACUGCCGUGACACAGCCCCUUUAAGAAAUGUGCCAGUAUUUACCAUGAAGAUGGCUUUUCAGGUUAAGCCGCAAAAAAGCAAACUAUAAUUGGGUGCAUUUUCCUUUGAUUUUCUCUCUCUCGGUAAUCCCCAGCUUAAUGUAUAAAAUAAUUAUUCCCCUGCCUUUUAUAAGUUAAUAGAUAACUAGUGAUACUAUAUUUUAGUUAAUUAAUGAAUUAUUUUAUUAGCUUUGCCAUUUCUUGGCAGGGUACACAUGUAACUGCAAGAGCUAGCCAAUACGCCAAUUUUGAUAUGGCAUGCCCCAUUCUUCUCGCCGGCUUUUUAGUCUCGUGAUGCAAACAUUUUCCAAAAACUCACACAAGUGAGCCUGCUGACAGGUACCCCCCGAGCAGAGGUUUUUCCCUUACAUGGCUUUUAGCGUUUACGAAGUCGUUCGCGUUGGUUGUCUCUCGCGUAGUUGGUUUGUUUACUCCCUGUGAGAAACCAACUACGCGACAGACAAGCCGCGCGAAUGACUUACCGUAAGCCUAGUUUUCAGAAGUCGGGAAGAUCCCAGACGAUCAGGGAUUUUACUUUUUGCCGACCGUCCCAGAUAUAUCGAAUAAUAGCGACAAGUCUGUCUCAGAUUCUCCCGAUUAAUUUGGCCGGAAAUGGAAAGUGCGCCAAAAAUUGAAACUUGCGUGAUAGGGGGACUGGAGCUCAGCAAUUUAGGGGAUUGGUAAUGAGCGAAAUCCAUCGCCGACGUCCUCGACGGUACAAAUUUGAGUUUUCAUUCGUCGGGAAUGAUCGCCGACCAUCGCAGAAAUCUGGGACGCGUCGGGAAAAUAGAAACACUCCCGAUUCUCCAGAUUUGUCCCCGUCCAUCCCAGACGAUCGGGGAUAUCUACGAUUUCGAGUUUUCAUUUGUCGGCAAAAUCUCAGACAGUCGGGAAACAGUAAAAUGCCCGAUCGUCUGGGAUUUUCCCGACAUUUGAAAACUAGGCUUAAUAAACUCUAAAAUCCAUGCAAGGGAAAAACCUCUUCUCGCAGGGUAGCUGAUAGGCAAAUUUCAUUAUAUUAAAAUUCAUGCCUAGUCUGGAGGCUUUAGGCAAUAAAACAAAGAAAUGUAUCAUUCUUCACUAAUCUUUUAGGUUAUUUCUUUUGCUUUACUCUCCCAAACCUUGGAGCAAUGUAUAAAUUAUAAUACAGUGUAUAUCAAAAUUCGUCUAUCGUUGUUUACCCCUACCAGCCCAGAUAGGCCACGCCUUUAGGGCCUAUAUUCCCUUCUCUCUCCAGCAGCAGUCUAUGUUCUUAAGGUUUUUUUUGGCUUAGCGAGCGAGUAAGCUCUCCAUUUGAAGGGAGUCGCGUGAAGUCACUCGAAAACCGCACGCAAAAGAAGAUGCGACUGCGAGGGACCCUGGCGGCAUCACCGCUCGCUUGUGUGUUCUCUUCGCGGCUCGCGACGCUCACCAUACCUGGUGAGUUUGCUUGCAGGCUAUUUUGAAUAGUUUAGACUCAAUGUAAACUGUAAUUAAAUUUGAUUAAUCCGUAGGAGCGAAUGGCGGUGGUGGCCCAUCAUAUGCACCACAGCCUACCAGCUAUGAUUAUGACGCACCCUUGACUGAAGCAGGGGACCCAACAACAAAGUACUUUGUGCUCAUGGAGACUAUCGCUAAAUACGCCCCAGUCCCCCCCGGCCCUGUUCCUCCUGCUACUCAGAAGUUUGCUUACGGAAAAGUUAUGAUGGCUAAGGUUGGUAGACUAAGUAAAAUCCUGGGGUCAACACGGACUUCAUUUCUUUAACAUUUUAUAGUAAACACUUCCUUGAAGACACUGCAAGGAAACCGAGAUAAGCAUUUUUUUGUGCACGCGAUAAAUUUCUAAAAAAUGGAGCAAAAAUGCAGGGCAAUGAUCGUUUAUUUAACGGGCCUGAAAAUUAAUAGACUUUUUUUACCGAUACGGCGGCCAUAUUGAGUUAAUUCGAUUUAAGUAGUAUUAUAGGAUGCCCAGGGGGCAUGAGCACAUUUCGUUUGUACUUUCGAGCGCUUUUCGGGACAUUUUUUCUCAAAGUUUUCUUAUAAUAAGAUUGUAAAGGGAAAAAAGAUCCUUGUGCCGUGUUUGGAUGUAAUAAUGAUUGCCUUUUUCCCGAGAAAUAUACAGUGGAAGACCAUAUUUCUAAUACUAAACUAGAAAAAGGCGAUCAUUAUUACAUCCAAACACGGCACAAGGAUCUUUUUUCCCAUUAAAAUCUUAUUUUAAGAAAACUUUAAGAAAAAAUGUCCCGAAAAGCGUUCGAAAAUACAAACAAAAUGUGCUCAUGCCCCCUGGGCAUCCUAUAAUACUCCUUAAAUCGAAUUAAUUCAAUUCAAUUUAAUUUAUGAUGUUUGUUCUCUCCCUUGCUCUGAGAGGUUUAUGUUCGGGAACCCCGGUUUUCCUCUCUUCUCAAGAACCGACACUUCGAAAUUUCAAUUCGAUGUGGAACGCAGGGACAAGUUUUAACGAGCUCUUAAGAACUCCUAAGUGCUCUACAAAUUUAAAAUUACAAAUUCGUUCUUGCUUAAAUGAGUUUUCUUAAGCGCAUUGUUUAGUACGUGUUUAGAGAAAACUGACAAGGUGUUGCAAAGGACAUUAUUUUUUUAUUCUAUCCCCAGGUCAGUACAUUUUAUGAUGUUUUGGCAAACCUCACUCCGUCCGGACCUGUCGCAUCUAACAAGACUUUGACCAUGGAGCAAGUCGGUCAAAACUAUGGAUUCAUACUUUAUCGCACAACGAUUCCUUCCUCUAUCAGUGGCUCCACGGCAAACAUCAGCAUUCCUGGACUUGCAGACAGAGGAAUAGUUUUUGUUGACAAGGUGGGAUAUUAAGCUGGUUUACUAACUAAGAGCAAUCGCCACUAAAUCGUAGUCAACAGUUGCCAGCACCGAAGCGUGUCCCGAGAAGCGAACCCAGAAACCCUUGCGGGAUACUUUUCGGUUCUAGUUCCCUUCGCGUUUCAAAAGUGGCGCAUGUGACCCGCGUUUUGUUUUUUUGUAGAUUCGCCAGGCGACGCUAAUUCGCGUAGGUCCGAAGACUGAAGCCACCAUCGACGUUAAACCUGGGUCCACUCUGGACAUCCUGGUGGAAAAUAUGGGGCGCAUUAAUUAUGGCUCCGCUUUACAAGAUCCAAAGGGCAUCGUUGGAAAUGUGACCCUGGACAAAAUGGUCCUUAGUGACUGGAGCAUAUACCCAUUAGAUUUGGACCCUGUGGUGAAGGAAUCUGUACCAUCUGAGUUUGAGGACGAAGAUAACAUUCAGAUUCCAUCGUUCUACACUGGUACUAUACCUCCAUCACCUGAUGGAACACCAAGAGACACCUUUCUUAAUCUCCCUGGCUGGUUUAAGGUUUGUGCAGAUUUUAAAUGUGUUUUUCUGAGGUUUCGCCACCUGUCAAAUUCCGCACCUACAAAAACCAGGAACUCGGUGCCCCCUGGAACACUCUCGAACACGUCAAAUAAAUAAAAAAAAAAUCGGAAAACGUUCGGAAAACAUUCGGUGUUUUACAGAUUAUUGUUAGGGUACCGUAUCAUUUACCUAAUAGGGAGCUUUAGCAUCGACGACGGCAACGGCAGCGAAAACGUCAGUUUUAAAAUGAAUUCCCGUUUUUUCAGUCUUUGUCGCGUUUAUUCCAAUUUGUUGAAAAUGGCAAGUGUAGGCGAAUUUGCCUGGAGUUGAUUUCUUGAGGACCGCACUCAAGUUUAGAGAGAGAAAAAGAGAUUCGUCGUCGCUUGUUUACGUCCUCCAUAAAACUUGCAAUUAGGUAUUUUCACGUCGUACUCGUGCAAGGACGGUAAAGAAAUGUACAAAAAAGCGUGAUGCACGUGCAAAGUUGUUGUUUUGCGUAAUAAACCUAUUGCUUUUUUGACGUCUUCUGGUUGCCGUCGCUGUCGUCGUUGCUAAGCAACGACGUUUUUGAGCGACGCAAGUCAACCGUAAGUGAUUUUGCCCAAAUUUUCAGCCAAAUCGUCUCUAUCAGAGUGAAGAAGCUCACAAAUUUUAUAUUGUCAAGGCAUAUUAAGAGGGUAAAUGUCUCACUUCCGGUUCACGUCCUUCGCUCAAAAACGCCUUUGCUAAGCUCCCUAUUGUCGGGUUUCCCAGGGCCCAGUUACUCGAAGCAUGGUUAGCGUUAACCAGCGUUUAAUACCUUGACAACGUAUUUGUUUUAAUACUUUUUAACCAAUGGUUAAAGCUAACCAUGCUUUGAGAAAAUUCAGCCCAGGUUGUCUCGGGGAUAUCCCGGAGUGUUCCGCAGUGUUUGGGGUUGUUCUGUGUUGUUUUGGAGUGUUCCGGAGUCCAGGGUUUUAGUACGCGCCAUCAAGUUAAAGCCUCCAACAGUAGUGUUCAUUUGACGCGUACAGUGUCUCUCUAACUGGACAUGUAUGUUACAGAUUAUUCUUUCCAAAAUUUGACGUAUACAUGUAUAAACAUUUGACUUUGUAACCCUUUUCUCCGAAUGCGAAUCUAAUGGCCGCUUAUUCGUUGAAAUAAGUGUUUCUCUAGUUUGGUUUGCCUUAUAUGCUCUCUUGAUAUUGUUCCCGGCAAACAGCGUCUUGAUAUUUCCACAAGUGAUCUAAUUGAUCAAAGUGGUCUAAUCUAUAUUCUAAUCUAUUUUCGCCAAAAGCAUAUUCGAAGCAUUGAGCUUGUUACAGUUAUGAAUAUAAACGCCUCCCUCGUUUAAACGCCUCCAACGAUUUCUUUGAAACGCCCCGGGUUUCUUAUAUAAUUUACGGUAGGAAUGACUUAGAACGCGGUUUUAACACCUGCUGAACUAGGUUGUGACAAAUGAUCUAAAGACGUUUGGAACAGUUUAAAAUGUUUACACGAAAACCGUCUUUAGUUACAAGAGCUGUUUGUUUGUAUUUUCUUCAGGGACAGGCUUAUGUGAAUGGAUUCAACCUUGGCCGAUAUUGGCCAGUCGUUGGGCCCCAAAUUACGCUGUAUGUUCCCGCCAGCGUCCUCCUCUCUGGUAAACAGAGUACUAGCAAGUUAGUGCUUUUCGAGCUUGAUAACGCUCCAUGUGAGACACCUGAUGAUUGUUAUGUGGAAUUCUUAGAUAAACCAAACGUCGAUGGCCCUGUCCAUCCCAUGAAAGGAGAGAUCAAAGGAUUUGACGACUGGACCGCGAUGUAUGGCGAUUUUAUGCCCCAAGAUGUAAAGACAAAGACAAAGGGGUCGGAAAUCCUGGAUCGAGAUCAGGCUCUGGCGUGAUGUAAAUUACCUGUAUAAUAACCGAUUUGGUCCAAUGAAUGCAAGGGUCUUGUUAGGGCCUGUCCUUACUAGGAAUUUUUUCAUUUACUUUGCAAAUCAUGAAUUGUAGCUUACAAGUGACCGACUGUACUUUACAAGUGCGGACAUCUUUUUCUCUUGCUACAGAAUUUUGUUAGAGAUUGUUUGUUUUCAAAGGAAGCUUCACGCAGUGCACGGGGCAUCAACUCUGAAUUUUCUAGCUCAUGUAUUUCAGUCUAGACCUUUCUUUCUCUAGGAAAAUCUGUUUUGUAAGUAUAGUGUUGUAGCUCAGUGUUUUGUACAUUCACAGUUUAGUACUCGUGAUAAUUUAUAAACCUGCAACACUCACAGUAUAAUGAAUUUAAUUUGUAGUCUUCAAAGGAAAUAAGAAGUGUGUUUUUUGUAGACAAAUACAUAAAUUCUUUUUACAGUGCGGACUUUCAAACCGUCACACUUGAAAAGAGAUUGUCCAGUCACAACGUUUUCUAAAAGCAAAACACCUCUGUACAGCGGCCACCAUUUUUUGUUCAGGCGGACAGUCCAUACAUAAACUCUUGUUUAAACCUCUCUACAACAGUAAUGGCCACUAAAGCGCGUCCUUAGUGCCAAAACAACCUCUCGACAAGGAACCUGUGAAAAAGUCAAGAAUGGUCGCGUCAUGACAUUUAAUCCGUAUGGCGCCUUGAUGAUUAAUCGCGGCAAUUGUACUUGGAUUGAGUUUCAUUUAUACUGCUGCAGUAAGCAUAGAGUGUCUACUAUACAUAUAGCGAAUUUUGUCUAUUUUAGCUCUAUAUAUUAUAUCUGACUGAAUUACUAUUAUUGGGAUGCAGUAAGCAUAAACUAAGCACAAUAUACAUGUACUCCCUAAAAUAAGGUCAUAUUUUACACAUACCUCCCCAUGACCUAACUCCUCUCUCCACAACUGCCACUUUUUUCUGUCCCCAAGUUUGCCGUUCUUGAUUGGUUGGACUGUACUGACACUGCCAACGGAAAUGUUGAUAAGACACAGAUUAACCAAUAGGCAAUUUCAGUUAGUUUUUGAAAUUCAAAGAAUUAACGAUUAAUGAAUGAAGCUGAG